AUGUCGGUCCUCCAGAGACCGGGAGGCACCAGCUCGCGGCUGCCGGCCCGCGUCCCGGCCCCGCCAACCCCCGGAGCUGGGGCCUCGUCGGCCAGCUCCUCGGGUCUGCGAGGCAGCGCCUUGCUCCGGGGUUUCCGCUCGAUGGCCCAGUAUCGGCGCCAGUAUGCGCUACUGCUUCUGACGGCGCUGGUGUUUCACGGCAUCUAUGCCCUGUCCAUCUUUGACAUCUACUUCCGAUCGCCGGUGAUUUCCGGCAUGCCACUCCAUGCCAGCCCGGAAGCCGCGCCCGCCCGGCGCCUUGUGCUAUUUGUCGCUGACGGCCUCCGAGCGGACCGCUUUUUUGAGGAGCAGACGCCCGGCUCGACGGUGCCCGAGUUUGGCUUCCUCUCGACCGAGCACGAGUCCAUGUACCACCGGUCUAGGGCGCCCUUUCUCCGGUCUGUGGUCGAGGAGACCGGCCGCUGGGGCGUGGCCCACACGCGUGUCCCCACCGAAACACGCCCCGGGCAUGUGGCCCUGAUCGCCGGGCUCUAUGAGGAUGUCAGUGCCGUGACCAAGGGCUGGCAGGAGAACCCGGUGGAGUUUGAUUCGCUUUUCAAUCGGACCCGGCGCACCUUCGCGAUUGGCGCGCCCGACGUGGUGCCGAUGUUUGCGCGCGGUGCCGGCGAGCGCCCGGCCUUCGAGGACGGGGACCCCGACCCCGGGGCGGAGCUAGAUCGGUGGGUUUUCGACAAGGCCCACGCCCUGCUGGAUGCGGCCGAAGCCGGAGACACCCCGGCCCGGUUGCGGCUUCGAGCCCAGAUGGCUGCCGAUCGGACGGUCUUCUUCUUCCACCUUCUCGGCCUCGACACCAACGGGCAUGCUCGGCUGCCAGACAGCAAGCAAUACCUCGAAAACAUUCACUACGUGGACGCCGGCAUCAAGCGCUUGCAUGGCCGUCUGGAGGACUUCUUCCGCCGGCUGGAUGGCACCCCGGAGCAGGAGCCCUCCCGCACGGCGUACAUCUUCACGGCGGAUCACGGCAUGUCCGCCCAGGGGGCCCAUGGUGAUGGGACUCCCUCCUGCACGCGGGUGCCCCUGGUGGCCUGGGGUGCCGGGGUCCGGGGCCCGGGGCCGAGUGGGGACAUGGGCACGGCGGCCGGUGCCACGGCCGCGGCCGCGGCCGCCACCGCCCGACUGUGGGACACCUGGCUCGGGACGGUGGAAAACCGGGCCGACGGCCUGGCCGAAGACCACUGGGGGCUGGAUCAUUUGGUUCGCACCGACGUGGCCCAGGCCGAUGUGGCGGCGCUGAUGACCUCCCUGAUUGGGGUGCCCUUUCCGGUGAAUAAUGUCGGCGUCGUGCCGCUGGACUACCUGGAGGCCGACGGUGCCUUCCGUGCGCAUGCCCUUUGCACCAAUGCGCGACAGAUUUUCGCGCAGCUCGAACGGAAGUCCGAACUCAAGAAGGCCUCUGUCGUGCGGCCCUUCCGGCCCUUUGCCCCCCUGGCCAACUUCUCGGAUGAGUCUAUCUUCUCCAAGGGCGGCCUGGUGGAGGGGCACAUCGCGGCCGGGCGCGUGGCCGCCGCCGAGGAGGUGUGUCGCGGCAUGAUCGACCUUUCCAUCGAGGGUCUGCGUUACUUCCAGACUCUGGCCGGAGUGGUCCUGGUGUCGGUCGCUGGGUUUGUGUACCUGGUGUCCGGCGUGGCACGGCCCGACACGCGCCCUGCCCUGGCGGGCCUGCUCACCAUCCCCGGGAUCAGCCUGCUGUUGACAACGUACAUCGACUCGCUGCAUGAGGAGCAACUCGGCCUGCCCAUGUGGGCCCAGUGUGUGGCGUGGGUCCUGCUGCUGUCCGGCAUCAUUGGGCCCUUUUACCGGUGGCGCGGGGUGAAUGACCCCUACGGGCGCAUGGUCGCCGCGCUGGCGGGCCUUUCCGGGGCCUUUGUCAUCUUGAGUCUGAUUCUCAUCCAUCUGGGGUUCUUUGGCACCGGGAACGUGGCCUCAUUGGCCUCCUUCCGACUGUCCUCGGUCUUCCGGCUGAUGGCCACCUUCCGGCCCUUCGCCAUGACGGCGCUGCUGCUGCUGAAGCUGCUGCUGCCCUACUCGGUCCUGGCCCUGGGCCUGGCGGCCAUCUCGCGCAAGUGCCGGCUCCCGCCUAGCUCGCUGGCCGUGGCGGCCCUGGUCCUGAGCGGCGGCCUGACGCUGAACUUCUUCUUCCUCGUGCGCGACGAGGGGUCCUGGCUGGAGAUCGGCCUCGGCAUCAGCCACUUCAUCAUCGCCAGCGCCAUGUGCGUCGUGGUGUGCGGGAUCAGCGCCCUCGGGCCGGCCCUGGAGGGGCCCCUCCCGGUGGGCAAGCCCCCGGGCGCGGCGGCGCAGUAG